CCCCACCGCGAUCCCAGCCCCAGCCUUAGGGACGUCCUCUGCCCUCCCCGACUAGCCUUCCUCCUCGCCCCGCACUUCCUGCCCUCCACCUUCCUUUUCGCCCCUCUACCUGGCCUUCCCCCAACAUCCGAUUGCUACUCUGGGGUACUGUUUCCGGGUCAGGGUGACCUCUGGGGUGAGGAAAUCGCGCCUGGGAGCGGGGCCGGGGCGUGCAGUCUAAGCCAUGCCGCGCUCACGCGUGGGAGACCGGCCUAAGGAGUACCGGCUGGGAAAUCCAGGCUCCAAGUCUUCCUCCCGCAGGGAAAUUUCCCUGUCCUACUGCGCUCCCCCCACGGGCCUCGCACCUCUGAAGUCAGAUUUCCCCCAAAAUUCAGUUCCCUUCCCACCUGGCGUCCACGUCCAGCAACUUAAAGCAGAGCGUUUCUCGUAACGCCGUGCGCACGGCGUCGGGUCGCGGAACCUCAAAACGCUUGUGUUGUUUUCAUCUGUGCAGUGGGUAUGAUUUUUUUUUCCAAAGUGAUUUUAGAGUGUCACAUAUUUGAGGGCCUAAGUUUGAAUUGCCAGACACGAAGUCAAUACAGGACGUUUGAUUUUACAACUGGCUCUCACACUCCCAUCUGUUUCCCCUUCUUCCUUGGCACCACCGACUCCUGUUUUUAAAAUUUAAGUUUUGAUUCCCACCAUGGCCAUCACACAGUUUCGGUUAUUUAAAGUUUGUACCUGCCUAGCAACAGUAUUCUCAUUCCUAAAGAGAUUAAUAUGCAGAUCUGGCAGAGGACGGAAGUUAAGUGGAGACCAAAUAACGUUGCCAACUACAGUUGAUUAUUCAUCAGUUCCAAAGCAGACAGAUGUUGAAGAGUGGACUUCUUGGGAUGAAGAUGCACCCACAAGUGUAAAGAUUGAAGGAGGGAAUGGAAAUGUGGCAACACAACAGAAUGCUUUGGAACAACUGGAACCUGACUAUUUCAAGGACAUGACACCAACUAUAAGGAAAACUCAGAAAAUUGUUAUUAAGAAGAGAGAACCAUUAAAUUUUGGCAUCCCAGAUGGCAGCACAGGUUUCUCUAGUAGAUUAGCUGCUACACAAGACAUGCCUUUUAUUCAUCAGUCUUCCGAGUUAGGUGACUUAGAUACUUGGCAAGAAAAUACCAAUGCAUGGGAAGAAGAAGAAGAUGCAGCCUGGCAAGCUGAAGAAGUUCUGAGGCAGCAGAAAAUCGCAGACAGAGAAAAGAGAGCGGCAGAACAACAAAGGAAGAAAAUGGAGAAGGAAGCACAACGACUAAUGAAAAAGGAACAAAAUAAAAUUGGUGUGAAACUUUCAUAACAAAUGUUCUUCAAAUGUGAUAGUGCCAGUAGGAGAAAUCUGACCUCCACAACCCAAGCAGCAUUUGUAUGGAUUUCAGAGUAUUUUCAGAAUACAUAUAUACAGCGUGACUGUAAUACCUUCGUCAGUCCAUCCAGGACACCAGGAUUCUUUUAAAGUACGUUGAAUUCUAGUGAUCGAGACGCAAAAGACCUAAACAGACUUACCAGACAGCAUUUUCUUCAACAUGCUCCAAAUAUAAGACACUUGUUUGCUGUAGAGAAAUAAUUAAAAAUGGAAUAUACCAGUACCUCUCCAGCUAGUUUUCUAGCUAAAUAAAUGGGUGUAAAUAAUUUUAUGGUGGAAAAGGACUCUACUGUCUAUUAUGCUUUCCUUCAAUGUGUGUAAUGAUAAAAUAAAUAAUUUUAACUAUUAUUUCGUUUCUAUGAUUACCUGACCUAAAUGAGACAAAUUGCAGGGUUUUAACCUCCUUAUUUUUGUUGUCAGAAGCUGGUGUUGUCAUCCAUUUCCUCUUAUUUGAACUGGUAUUGCUUGUUUAACACAGUAUUAAGGAAUUUGAUUAUUUUGGUUUUCAAAAAACUGACAUUAAAUGCAAUAAUUUUAUUUAUCAUAAAGAUUUUAUACAUAAUUUUUUUAAUGGUAUAACAUUAUCCCUAUUUGUAAUUUAUAUUGCAUGUAUAAACAUUGCAAAUCGGCAACAAAUUUGUUAUACAUUAUUAUAGCUAGUGAAUUUUAGGAACUAAUAGUGUAAAUUUUCCCUUCAUUAUAGAUUUUAAAAUGUUAUGUGUCUUUAAUUACCUUAGUUCUUCCUCUCCCUGAAAAAGCCAUUUUACAAAUGCAGGAAACCUUCUGUUUUGAUUUUCAUACCUUUUAAAUGAUUUCUGUGUCAGUUUUGUGUAUCUGACCUAAUGCAGGUUACCUAUGUUAUUGACAAAGAAAACAUUAUUUAUUUAUUAAAUUAUAAACUGGAAUAGGGAUAAUAAUCUAUUAUUUAUAAGAUUGAUUAUCUCCGAAAUAGUUGCAUACUAUGUUCUUGGGUUGGGGGGAAACAUAGGUUUGAUUGUUUAAAAUCCCAUGAACUUUUUCUUCACAAUUAAAAUGUAUCCAACCUGA